AUGAAGUUAAUAAUUUUCACAACAAUUUGUGUAAAAUUAAAGAAUAAUUAUAAACUUUAGCAUAGAGAUUAUUAUUUAUAUAAAAUUUUUAAAAAAAAGGCAGAAAAAGUCAAAAUUCUUAUAUUAGGUGUAGGUGCUGUAGGCAAGUCAUCCUUUUUAAAUCGUUAUGUUGAUGAAAAGUUUUCUGAAAAUAUAUAGGCUACAUUAGGAGUAGAGUAUAGAUCGGAAAAUAUUAAUAUAAGGACAAUUAAGUCACUGUUUAAGUUUGGGAUACAGCAGGUAAACUAAGAUUUUAAAUUACUUAGGUUAUGAAAGAUUUAGAGUUAUUACUCCUAUAUUUUAUAGAAAUCAUAAGGAGUGUCUUUAGUUUAUAGUGUUGUUGA